AACAAUACUAAAACAAAUCCGAAGUCAUCUCUCAAUCCUGAAGGAAAAUGAAGGACGAGGAUUUAGUCAUGAAAACCAACGACUUAUCAAUGGCAGCGAAGAAGAUGUCAACCUCAAACAGGAAACGCUUCUUGUUCGACCGCCGCUACGGUUGGGUAAUUGAUGAAUGGAAACCUCCAUCUGAAGAAGCUCUUGCUGGUGGCCGUGGAAUGUUUUGCGUCGUCCCUCUUGCUAAAGGAUUGGUUGAUUUGGCUUCAUAUUCGAUAAACAUUGUAGCAGAAUCCGUGACAAAAAUUGUAGAAAGACGCGACCAUUUCCGUCCUCAGCAAAUGCAAGCAGCUGUUGGCAAUCAGCUUCAGCAGUUGGCAGCUGCUUUACAGAAUCCUGGUUUCAAACUGUUGACGUUUAAGGGGAAACACGCAGAAAGCAGCAAGCAAGGACUGGAAUCUGUCUGAAAUUCUAAGUAUAUAGUAGUUGGCUUUCCCUGUAGUUAGUCUCUUGUGUAUUCUUGUUGCAAGUCUCUGGUUAUUCCACGCCCAUCAAUUUUUUGCUGCUUAAUAGGUUGAAUGGCUUAUGAAAAUCAGUUUGAUUUGUUUCCGAUCAUUCAACUGUGAAGAUUUGUCGAAAGCUCCAACUCCUCUGGUAUGUCGGGCAUUUUCGCGAUCAUUUACUAAAAAUUCAUGCCCUCAUUUCUCCUAUGAUGUAGAGAUUUUGAACAUGCAGAGGCAUUAGGCUCGCUUAGGGUCUGUGUUUUUGUUUAAUAUUUUCUGCCAGUCCAGCCUAUAGAACUUGGUGUUACUAAGCACUUGGUUCGUCUCGCUUACUUUACUAUUUUUUGAAAAAACUUUCAUGUUCGAAAAUUGAUGUAGCAGAAUGAUUACUAAUUUGAAUCCUUUACGUAGAACAAAAUAAUUUAACUGUGGUAAAA